GCUGCGGCGUUGGCUGCCAGCAGCGUCAUCGGCUCAGCCAGCGCCGCUACUCUAUACGCCUUCUAUACGGGCACGGAUGCGGGCGUGCAGAUUGGCAUGCAGGAUCCCAGCAGUGGUGAUAUCUGGGUCAACGACUGCUCAAAGAUGAAUAAUGGAAACCCGCUGUUUCCAACGGACACACCACUGGUACUGCCGGUGUCGACGCCGGUGAAGAUGGGAGGAAGCAUAGCAGCAACGGGCUGGUGGGAUUCACAGAAAGUCAUUACGUCCGUCUUCUGGCACUCUGUAAACGGCACCAUUGUCAACGCCAUCUACAACUGCGACAACGAGUCCGGCACCUUUGUGCGCCAGGGCCCCGAGUAUGUCAUCUCCGAGACCGCAAACGUCAAGAACUCGUCCAUCCACGAAAACACAGGCCUGGCCGUCGAGCUCCUGGGCAGCACCGCCGGCUACCGCGUCUACUACCACGACAACAACAGCCAGGUCCAGGAGCUGUUCUACACCACAAAGACCAACUGGAACUACGGCGGCAUCGUCUCGCAGGACCCGGUCUCGUCGUUUGCCCUGGGCACGGGCCAUUCGGCGACGGACAACAUCACCGUCGUGUUCCCCAAGAGCGACAAGGACAUUGAGGUGUCGCGCUUCAACUCGGACAAGAGCUGGCACAUCUCAACUUUCCCCGAUACCCUCGAAAACUCGCCCACCAACAAAACCGACUCCUCCAAGAUCGCCAUCGACUCCAGCGUCACGGCCAACUUCACGCUCCCGGCCUGGAACGGCGCCCCCGGCGGCAUGGGCGUGGCCAUCGACAGCACCUUUACCCGCAGCGUCUUCUACAUCGGCACCGACCGGCUGCUGCACGAGGCUGCCAACAUCAACUUUGCCUGGAAGCUGUUCCCCAACCAGUCCAGCGAGGCCUGGCCCGAGGCCGAUGAGCCAAACGCCACUCUGGCCGCCACCUUCAACUUCCAGUCCAGCGAGGCCUGGAUCUACUACAUCUCGGGCGGCAGCCUCGUCCAGGCCUACCGUGGAACCAGCGGCGACUGGAGCAACGCCGCCGUCAUCUCCGUCAACUCGGUCGACGACGAAACCGCCAGCAACGCCACCGGCAAGAAAUCCACGGGCCUGUCCACCGGAGCAAAGGCCGGCGUCGGCAUCGGCGUCAGUCUCGGCGUCAUUGCCAUUGCCGGCCUCGCCAUCUUCUUCUUCCUCCGA